AUGGAUAGGAAUAUUCAGAGAGCUUGGCCAGGAAUUGAAAUUAGGCAUGGCUCAGUGGCAAACAACAGGGGGCAGAAUAAGAAAGCUUUGGAAGCUCGGUGGAAACCUCUAGAUAAGGGUUGGUUUAAAGUAAACUUUGACGGGGCAGCUCAAUCUAGCAGAAAUGUGGCAGGAGUAGGUUUUGUUAUGUGGAAUGAUUCUGGAGACUUAAUUAAGUGUGGAGCUAAAAGACUAAGGAGAUGCACGAAUAAUGAGGCUGAAGUGCAAGCUUCUCUACUAGCAGUUGGAUUGGCCAGAAUCCAAGGUGUUCGAAAUCUCCAUCUGGAAGGUGACUCCCUGAUUAUAAUUCAGGCCCUAAUGAAUGGGGAGAUCAAAGCAUGGCAUUUACAAGGAUUUAUUGCUUUGAUUAAAGAGGAGUUAAAUUUUUUUGAAAAUUUCAAAAUUAGCCACAUCCGAAGAGAAGGCAACUAG